UUUUUAAUUCAGAAGAUUUACUCUUUCAAUGAAGUGCUUGCCUUUGUUGUUUACUUGCCAUAAUAGACCGAUAGAUUCUUCACCCCACAUGGGAAGUUAUUGUGUUACAGCACCAGGAUAAGGAAUAAAAAUAGAACACCCUACAAUAAAUAAACAACAUAAGUUAAAGUAAAUGUGCAACAGUGAUUUAAGGUUAAGUUGAAGAAAGUUGAAGAAAAGUAAAAGGUAAACUUUGAUUGUGCAAGAAAGUAGUUAAUAUUGAUAAAUACAAUGUGCACACAGUGGUGCAGUGGGUAGCACUGUUGCCUCACAGCAAGAAGGUUUUGUUCAUGUUCUCUCCAGAUUCCUCCCAUAGUUCAAAGACAUGCACUUAGUGGGGUUGGUGACUUUUGGUGAUUCUAAAUUGCCCGUAAGUGUUAUUGAGAGAACAAAUGCUUGUCUGUCUCGCUGUUUUAAGUUCAAUAUGACUUGUCCUUGGAUUGUAAACUGGAUGGUAUAACUUUCCCGAGACACCUGAAUACAUCACCCUCACAAGCAUCACAUUUAUCAGAGAUGAGCGCCCCCAAGCGGACAGUAAACGAAUAGCGACAGCUAAAGCAAAUCUAUCUACGUUUUAGUAUCCUUACAUGAAAUCCGUGAACUGUCUGCCGUUAUAGGCGCUGCGAACUCGGUUCGGCUAUGAAUAAAAGCGAAACGGUGGUCGUUACAGGUUUUGGACCUUUUCGACAGUUCUUGAUCAACACCAGCUGGGAAGCCGCCAAGGGGUUGAAACUGAUCGGACUGGGGGAGAAGGUUGAAGUCCACGUGAGGGAGUUACCAUUUGCUGUACAUCUUGGUUUGGCCAGAGGCUCCAGUGUGGUGAUUUUGGAGCAAACGGGGAAGAACACUGGUUACAAAGACCGAGAUGUCUGCGGCUACUGUCCAGAGACUCGCUGCUGCAUCGAAGGGGGGCCACAGAAGCUGGAGUCAGUCAUUAACAUGAGGGUAGUCUCAAAGCACUUCAGACAAGCAGGGAUGGAUGUAGUUUAUUCAAGAGAUGCUGGCAGGUACCUGUGCGAUUUUGCAUAUUACUGCUCACUGUAUCACAGUCAGGGGAGAGCAGCCCUCAUCCAUGUACCCACAUCUGGUAUCUUGGCCUCAGCUGACAGACUGGUGCCUCUGCUGCAGGCCCUCAUUCAGAAGAUCCUGGAACAGCUGGAGGAGCAUUCAAAACCAAUAGAUCCCCCUUUUGUGUCAAUGAGUUAGAUUGUGAUCUAUAGUAGAUAUCCACUGAUUGGUGUGAAUGGAAAAUUAAAUAUAGCAGGCAUUCGUAGUUCUCAUUCAUUUAUUUAUUCAAAAUUUCAGCAAAAAAAAAAAAAAGAGAAAGAAAAUACAAGAAAUUCUCAGAUACAUAUUCGGAGAAGGUGUUUUAAAAAAAUACACCAUCUCAGCUAUAGGUGUGAAAAACUUUGAGGCCUCAGAUAUAGAGCUUGAAAGAAGACAGUCUAGUGAUUUUUCGUUUUGAUUAUUUCUUUCCCCAAUCAAGUAAUGAACACACAGAUUUUGUGAAAGCAUCAUAAUAAAGUAAUAGUAGUAGUAGACCAAGGCCCCCUCAGAAGGUACAGGAAUGCAAAACAUUAAAAACAGAGGCGCAGGAUGAUGAUGAUGACGAUGAUGAACCUCAAACUUAUUGCAGUUUAAAUGCACUGAUGCAUUCUAUAUAAACCUGACAUUUGCAUGAAGAACAUUCUGAAGAAUUGAAAUGUUGAAAGACGACUAAACUGUAGUGUAUAUUUAUGCUGUUUAAGCCUAAGGUAACGCCAAAAAAAAAAAAAAAAAAGUAUAGCGUGAAGCUGUAAACUAUCGUCUUUUUCUAACCAUGAUUACUCUUCACCGUGACUACCCGUAAUCUACGCAACAUCCCUGUCCUAUACAUGUCCACGAGUUCAUUGUAAAUGUUGUAAGCUUUGACAGGUUCGUGAUCUAAUGGUAACUAGUUAUUCAACAGCUAUUCACCUCAGAACAGAUCAGUGUCUACUCUCAGAACUGGAAAGUUGACAUAUACCAUAAUACAGCAAAAAAACAAAAACAGAAAUGCAUAGAUAUGUUAAGUAACUACCUAAGCUGUUUGCUUGUCAGUGGUGAUUUUUAAACCGUUGUGAUAUUAAGCAGCAAUCAGACAGUUUUAUCUAUUUUUUUAUUUACCAAGAACUUGAAUUGAGCACCCAAAUUUCACAUUAGAAGUUACCUGGUUGCCUAUCUGUGAUCCCAUUUUCUUUUCUUAUUGCUUUUGGGUAUUCAUAUAAAUGCAAAUUAUCUAAUGUUCCCAGCCCAUCAGCCCUUGCACUGAGUUAACGCUCGCCAAGUAGCCAUUGCGAGUUAAAAAGUAGCACUGAGGUUUUUUUUGUUUGUUUGUUUUAAUGAGACGCUUUGAGAUGUAAAAGCUACUUUGCCACCUU